AUGCGCAUGUCUGACCACGUGACGAGACAAACUUUCAUGACGAAAGACGCGUAUUGUCGCCCCGACUUUCAAGACAAUAAAAAUAACACAGACGACAACAGCAACCUCACACACAGCAGCAAGAACAACAACAACAACAACAUAAAUAUUGAAGCAUCACGUGACACGAAGUUGAAGGAGAAACUUUCAGGACAGCAACAUGGCAACUUGGCAGUAGAACAGUUCACAGAGAACAGAAGAUGGAAACCGAAGAAGAGGAAGAGGAAGAAGAGAGGAAGCAGCAACGAUGCAUACCCGUUACGACCUUUUAACAUCGACAUGCACCAUCGACGCUUAUUUGCCCAACUAUUUUCAUGCGGUUUAUUAGGACUCAAUCUCCAAAGAAGGAAUAAAAUACAACCAUGCAACCUUAUUUCAUUUGCUGAAUCGGACAAAAUUGUGAAUAAGCAAUUCGGCCACGAUGAAGACGCGUUAGAAAGAUUCAUAAUUUUUCGUAUGAGUAUUUUUAAUAAAUUAAUAAAAUAA